AUGAAAGGAAAUGGAUUAUUUUAUUUAAUAGAUCCUAACGGGGGAGUUAAUACUAUUGACCUUCUUAUUUCAAAUAUAAUUAUUACAAUACAAAGAAGAAUAAUUAUGAUGGAUGGUAAAGAAAAUGCAAAAGAUGAUAAAUUUAAAGUUGAAGAAUAUUAUGGAAAACCUGGAAAAAAAGUUCAAAAAGAGUUUACUAUUGGACUUAAAGAUUCAAUUGAUGAUUUAAGUGGAAUUGGUAAAACAAAGAAAGCAACGAAGGAAAAGAUACAAAAAGAAAAUGUAUUCGAACUUCAUUCAUUUAUUUUAGUAAUAACAACAUUAAACUCAAUACGUCAAUACAAUUUCUUUGGAGGGAAAACUAAUGCAAUUGCACUUGCACAUUUGAUUAAUGCAAAAGUUAUUCCUAAUUGUAUUGGAAAUAUUUGGGUAUAUGUUUAUGAUUGUCCAGAAAAUGAAGGAAGAAGUGGAAAAUUUAAUUUAGGUAAACAAAAUAUUACAUGGACUGGUGGGAAAAAACAUCCAGAUCCUAAUUAUGAUAAUAUGUCAAAAUAUUUAAGAAUUAGUGAUUAA